AGAAGACUUGGAGUGGAGUGCACAAGUCAUGUGCACUAUAUUUAUGACACUUUUUCCCCAUUCACAGCAUGAACACUCAUCAAAACCUCUUGUUUUGUGUUACGUUCAAGAAUAAAACAUUCAUGUUUGGAACCACAUGACGCGGCUCAUUGAGCCUUACUGCGCAGGUGGACUGUACCACUUUCACCUGCAGAGGGGGGAAACGCGAGACCUCAUUAACUUCAGCACCUGGACAGCGACCGUCCCGGAAACCCUCCUCUGGUGUAACAAUGCGAGCAUUCAGUGGAACGAUAUUCCUCCAAGACAUGCUUUGACAAACAAUGCGAUUUCCGAGACCUUUUCUUGCUGGGAUAAACAGAAAGCUGGCUGUAUUGCGCACGUAUAUCUCGCAGAAACAGCGCCAGUCCUGAGGCUUCCCUUCCGCGCAGGGAGGGUGCGAAUGAAGGAAGGACAAAACGCCGCGGUUCUCUUUGUUUACAUCGGAAAAAAAGUGAGAAUGCGACGGAUUGUCGGACUGGAGGUGCCGCUGAUAUUGUGGAUAUGGAGUGUUUAUGUGAAGCUCAGCGCAGGAGCCCAGAGGUGUGAUGAGGUGUUGGCUUCACCCCUUCCCUACAGCGCCUUCACCAGCUCCUCCGUGUUGGCAGCUGAUUUUGGCGCUGGCUAUGCAAAACUCAACAGGAGAGUAGGCAAUGGAGGAUGGUCACCGUUAGACUCCGACAGGUACCAGUGGCUACAGGUGGACCUCAGGGCCAGGAAACAGAUCACUGCCAUAGCAACACAGGGCAGAUACAGCAGCUCUGAUUGGACGAAGCACUACAGGCUUUUCUACAGUGACACAGGAAGCAACUGGAAGCCGUAUCGGCAGGACAGCAACAUAUGGACAUUUUCAGGUAACUGGAACUCAGAACGGGCCGUGCGGCAUGAACUGCAGCACCCUUUCGUGGCUCGAUACGUGCGUUUCAUCCCGCUGGACUGGAGUGAGGAGGGGAAAAUUGGUCUGAGAGUGGAGAUCUAUGGCUGUGCUUACUGGGCGGACGUGAUCAGCUUUGAUGGCCAGGGAGUGAUUUCCUAUCGGUUCAGACAGAAAAAGAUGAAGAUCUUGAAGGAUGUGAUAUCACUGAAGUUUAAGACCACUAAAGGAGACGGCAUUUUGCUGCACGGAGAGGGACAACAGGGCGAUUAUAUCACUCUAGAGCUACAGCAGGCCAAACUACUGCUGCAGAUCAACCUGGGCAGUAAUCAGUACGGCUCCAUUCAGGGUCACACAUCAGUGUCUAGCGGCAGCCUGUUGGAUGACGACCAUUGGCACUCUGUUCUGAUUGAACGAUACAGACGCAGCGUCAACUUCACGCUCGACCAGCACACACAGAGCUUCCGCACAAAUGGAGAGUUUGACCACCUGGAUCUGGACUACGAAAUUACAUUUGGAGGGAUGCCAGUGUCUGCCAAGCCCAGCUCAGGAGCCAGAGAGAACUACAUCGGCUGCAUGGAGGCCAUUCAUUACAACGGGGACAACAUUACUAACCUCGCACGCAGGAGAAAAGUAGACACCUCCAGCUUUCAUAACCUGACGUUCUCUUGCACGGAAUCACGCACGUACCCAGCCUUCUUUAACUCCACCGGCUCCUUGCAGCUUCCGGGUCGGACUGACGCAGACACAGUGUCGGUCAGACUUCAGUUUCGGACAUGGAAUCCCAGCGGUCUGCUGUUCUUUACUCCACUCAUGCCUGGAGGGGUGGAGGUCAGCCUGGUGGAGGGUAAAGUUACUGUCCACAUCUAUGUCGCACUGGGCAAGAAUACACGUGUGGACAUAUCCUCAGGGUCUGGUCUUAAUGAUGGACAGUGGCACAGCGUUCACUUCCUGGCACUGGAGAGCAUUGCCAUGUUGACCAUUAAUGGAGACGAGAUGUCCACAGUGAGAGCUGCACUCCCUAUUCAGAUCAGGACAGGAGGAGAUUAUUUUUUCGGAGGAUACUUCCCGCGGACAGACCUUUCUCCAUCCCAGCGCUCCUUUCAGGGCUGCAUGCAGCUCAUACAUGUCGAUGACCAGUUGGUCGACUUGCAAUCUGUGGAGCAAGGCAUGCUGGGUAGCUUUGAGAACGUCAGCCUGGAUAUGUGUGCCAUCAUAGACAGGUGUGUGCCAAACCACUGUGAACAUGGAGGCAAGUGCUCUCAAACUGGAAACACGUUUAAAUGUGCCUGUGAAGGCACUGGAUACUCUGGUGCCACCUGCCACAACUCUGUGUAUGAGCAGUCAUGUGAGGAGUACAAACACUUGGGCCGAAGCUCAGACACAUACUGGAUCGAUCCAGACGGCAGCGGACCCCUUGAGCCAUUCAGAGUCACCUGCAAUAUGAUGGAAGACAAAGUGUGGACCACCAUUGUGAACGACCUUCCAGCUCAAAGUUCUGUGGCAGCAGGAUCCAGACCUGAAGACAAGACUGUGCUCACACUCAAUUACAGCAUGUCUGCUGAACAGGUGAAUGCCAUCACCAGCAGCGCUGAGCUCUGUGAGCAGCAUGUGGCGUACAUGUGCUACAAAUCACACCUGCUCAACUCGCCAGAUGGUUCUCCGUCAACGUGGUGGGUCGGCAGGGGGAACGAGAAGCACUUCUACUGGGGUGGCUCAGGACCGGGCGUGCAGAAAUGUGCCUGUGGCAUUGAACGCAACUGCACAGAUCCCAGAUACUACUGCAACUGUGAUGCGGAUCUGAGGCAAUGGAAAGAGGAUGCUGGUGUGUUGAUGUAUAAGGAUCAUCUGCCUGUCAGUCAGGUAGUGGUUGGCGAUAUACACCGCUCUGGAUCCGAAGCCAAACUCACUGUUGGGCCGCUCCGCUGCCAAGGAGAUCGUCACUACUGGAACGCAGCGUCCUUCAACACACCUGCAUCUUAUCUUCAUUUUCCCACCUUCCAAGCCGAGACCAGCGCAGACGUUUCCUUCUAUUUUAAGACUUCAGCCUCACAUGGCGUCUUUCUGGAAAACCUGGGCAAUCCAGAUUUCAUUCGCUUAGAACUCAAAUCUGCUACGGUGGUGUCAUUCUCAUUUGAUGUGGGCAACGGGCCUGUGGAGUUAAUGGUACGCUCAUCUACACCCCUCAAUGAUGACCAGUGGCACAAGGUGGAGGCGGAACGGAAUAUUAAGGAGGCUGUUUUGCGAUUGGACAAGCUGCAUAGGGAGGUGCGGUCAGCCCCGCAUCAGGGCCACACCCGCCUGCAGCUCUUCAGUCAACUGUUUGUAGGAGCCUCAGGGGGGCAGAGAGGAUUUCUGGGUUGCAUUCGUUCCCUGAAGGUCAACGGGGUGACACUUGACCUUGAGGGCAGGGCAAAGGUCACACCAGGGGUGAAGCCUGGAUGCUCGGGUCACUGCAGCAGCUACGGAAUGCAUUGCCAAAAUGGAGGGAAAUGUAUUGAGAAAUACAACGGAUACUCGUGCGACUGCAGUCUGACCGCCUUCGACGGGCCUUUCUGCAAUGAUGAUGUUGGUGGGUACUUUGAGAGUGGGACCCUGGUGCGGUACGACCUCAUGUCAGAGAGCAGCUCUCCUCCAGCAGUUAAAGAAGGUGACUCUGGAUUCCUAAGCUCAGUGGGUAAUCUGACCCAUGAGGAGCUGAGCUUUAGUUUCAGCACGUCCCACACGCCCGCCGUUCUCAUUUACAUUAGCUCCAAGACGCAGGACUACCUGGCUGUGGUGCUGCGGCAAAAUGGUACUCUACAGGUCCGCUAUAACCUGGGGGGAUUGAGGGAGCCGUUCACCAUCAGCCUGAAUCAUCGUAACAUGGCGAACGGUCAGCCCCAUAACAUCAACAUCACCCGACAGGACAGACUCAUUCAGCUGCAGGUGGAUCAUUAUCCCACAGUAGGCUACACUCUUCCUGAAGCCUCAGAUGCUGAAUUUAACCUUGUGAAGACAAUAUUCCUUGGAAAAGUUUUUGAAACGGGUCAGAUUGAUCCGGUGUUGAUAGAGCGAUACAACACCCCAGGAUUCGUGGGCUGUCUCUCCAGAGUGCAGUUCAACCGCAUCGCCCCGCUGAAGGCCGCCCUGAGGACCGCACUGCCCUCCACAGCCUCCAUACAGGGAGUCCUGGUGGAGUCCAACUGCGGGGCGUCUCCACUCACAGUGCCGCCCAUGUCUGCAGCCUUUGACCCCUGGCACCCAGAUUCAGCCGGUGCCCAGUUCCCAUUCAACGAGGAACAGGUCAGCCGUGAUGGUGUCAACAGAGACUCUGCAAUAAUUGGAGGCAUCAUCGCAGUGGUGAUUUUCUCCAUCCUCUGCACGCUGGUGUUUCUGGUGCGUCACAUGUUCCGUCACAAGGGCUCCUACCACACAAACGAGGCCAAGGGGGCGGAGUCUGCCGACUGCGCCGAUGCAGCAAUCAUCGUGAAUGACCCCGCCUUCACAGAGACAAUCGACGAGAGCAAAAAGGAGUGGUUUAUUUAGCCAUGCCCCUUGGGAGGGGCUUCAUUCUCUGACAUGGAUACCCUGAGGGAUACGUCAAGGGCAAGAGUUUUUUUGAGUAGCCGAUGUGAAAUGGACACUUGGCAGGUCCUGUUCUGUGCACUGACUGGCAUGUCUGUUCUGUAAUUAUUUUGUAUGUAAGCGAGUACAGCACAAGGACUUCUGUAAGAUCAUAUUCAUCUCAUACACACAGGAAUAUUCAAUGGACGAUGGUAAAAAAAAACAACAACUGAUGCAUUUUUAUCAUUGCAAUACUGGUCUGUUAACAAAUGCAUUUGACGUGUGUUCAGCAAACAUGAAUGCACCAAAUACUCCAAUAGCACAACGGAAUGUGUACAGAAUGCACAAUUAUGUUUCCGAUAAUGACAUUUGAUUGUAUUUAACAUUUUGUUGUCAGCAUCUUCAGGACAAUAAUAUAUUGUAGCAUGGUAAUCAGCCAAUUGCAUUUCUGAAUCAUUCACCAAUGUUAAUGCAGCACUUUUGUAUCUCAUGGUAAAUGUUCUUUACAGUUAUCAGAAUUCAGUGUUAUUUAUCUGUUUCUCCAUAAGUGCUUGUUCAACCUCUCUGGAAAACGUGAUAGGCAGUUCGGAGGGUUUUUAUAAGGAGAAUGCUCUUUAAAAUACGAAAACUCUAGAUAGAGAUUUUAGUUCAGAUGUGUUCAGUAGUACAAGAUCAUGAACGGUCCAUUUGCUCCAGUCUCUUUUAAUGUGCCUCAAAGGUUCAAGAUUUCUUCUGGCCAAGCAUGGAUUUUGUGAUAGAUUUGAUGGCCCUUACAUGUUAAUAUAGAAGAAAGAUUACUUUUGUGUGUGUGAGUGUGUUCGCAGUUUAAUGCACUGCUUAUUUGAAAUCAGCCGCAGCAGCACAAAUUUAUGUAUAAACCAUUUUUACUAUUGUCUUGAUUGUGCUUGGUUAAGUCAUUUUUAUUUCUUAACUAUGUCUGAAUUACGCAAAGGAGCAUUUCUGUAUUUCUGGCAGUUUAUUAACAUGGUCUCAUAAGAGUUUGCCCUCUCUGCUCAUGUGAAUCCACUAACAAGAGUAUUAUUCAUACAUCAGAUAGAUUACAAAACCUGGUUUAUAAUAAAGCACUACAAUAAAGUU